CCCAGGAGGGCCCGGAAGAGGGUGGACGGCGGGGCCAGCUCCAACGUCUUCUCCAUGUUCGACCAGUCCCAGAUCCAGGAGUUCAAGGAGGUUGGUCGGCUGCCCCAGGGGACGAGGCCGGAAGGGCACAGGGUCCGGGGUGGCCGGGGGCUGCCCGAGUGUGUCCUCAUUCUCCUGGGCCACGCUGGUGUGCCCCAGAGCUGGAGCCGGGCCUUCACCAUCAUGGACCAGAACCGGGACGGCUUCAUCGACAAGGAGGACCUGAGGGACACGUUCGCGGCCCUGGGCCGCAUCAACGUCAAGAACGAGGAGCUGGAGGCCAUGGUGAAGGAGGCCCCGGGGCCCAUCAACUUCACCGUCUUCCUCACCAUGUUCGGGGAGAAGCUCAAAGGCACGGACCCAGAGGAGACCAUUCUCCACGCCUUCAAGGUGUUCGACACUGAAGGGAAGGGAUUCGUCAAGGCUGACCUCAUCAAAGAGAAGCUCAUGACCCAGGCCGACCGGUUCAGCGAGGAGGAGGUCAAGCAGAUGUUCGCGGCUUUCCCGCCCGACGUGUGCGGCAACCUGGACUACAGGAACCUGUGCUACGUCAUCACGCACGGCGAGGAGAAGGACUAG